CCCCCCGUGGGGCGGUGUGGGGUGGGCUCAGCCCCGCAUCGCCGGCGAAGGAGGAGCAGGGACGGGUUUGCACGGCGGCGGCGCCCAUCCUCAACCAGCCCCUUUCCUUCUCCUCCUCCUUGAAGACCUUUCCCCUUCUCAGGACUCGCUGUGGGGAGGGGGCUGCUUGAGACCCCCAUUCCCACCCCCGGAAGGGACCCUGCCCCAUCGCCGCAGCGCCCGCUGCGAACCUUCCGCGCCCGCGCGCAUUUGGGCGCAUCUGGCACCGCAUCCCUCCUGCGCGGCUGCCUAGGGCUGAAAAGGAGCCCCUGCCCCAUCGCCGCCGCCUCUGGGUGCCCCCCACCGAUGAAUCUGGGGCGCAGGGGCCAUGCCGGGGUGCUGGCAGCUCUACGCCGUCCAGUGGGCAGCGCUGGCCGUUCAGGGCGCCUGGCACAGCCUCCCGGGGGCCGCCCAGGAAACCCCCCUCCACUACUAUGGGGACAACGUCAUUGACCUGCUGGAGGCCCUCAACGUCACCCGCUCUGUCGUGGGGGUCACCAAGGCCAAGGGUCCCGAUCUGGGCGUGCCGGCCUGGAAGUUCCGCCAGCGGGUGCCCCACCUGACUCUCCCCUGGGACUAUUCCGUCUACCUGCUGUCCACGGUUCAAGCAGCCCUCGGCUUCCACUUUGUGGCCCGCCAGAGCCGCGCCUCGGAAGGGACCCUUGUCUCCCUGGUCUCGCCGGCUGCCACCAAGCGGGACGGGCGCCCCCUUCUGCAGCUGGUGUCCAGCGCCCGGUCCGGCCAGCUGCGCCUCGACUACCGCGCCGUCCACAACAUGGAGCCGGCCUCCUUGGUCUUCCCCGGGAGCAACCCCUUUGCCCACGGUCUCUGGGUACGGCUGGCCCUCCAUCUGGAGCCACAACGCAUCUCACUCUUUGUCGACUGCCAGGAGCCCGUCGUCUUCGAGAAAGGCGGCGGCGAGGAGGUGCUGAGCCUCAUCCUGCCCCUGGACCUGCAGGUCACCUUUGCCAGUUUGGAAGGAGACAAGGCCAGCAAGUUCCUGGGCUACUGGCAGACAGCAGAGAUUUCGCCCAGUGGCUUCCCCCACCGUCCCUGGCACUGCGAGAACCUGCCAGAGCCAGACCUCCUCCCUCUGUCCUACACCACAGCUGAGGAGCGCUACCUGGACCUACCAGACGAGCACCUGCCUGAGCUGGACUCUCCGCCACCCCUUGAGCCACCGGCCUUGACGGACAUCCGCCACUACCAGCGGGAGCCAAGUGAGUCUGACUUCCCACCGCCGGGACCAGCGAGAUCCAGCGCAGCCAGCGCAGAGGAGAGGAUACGGCGGCUGGAGGAGCUGGUCGACGGGCUGGGGACAAUGCUGGACAUGGUUAAAGAGCAGAAUUCGGACCUGCUGGGCCGCGUGAAGUCCCUGGAGGACUGUGAGUGUCGGCGACCAGCAUGCCUCUGGGAAGGGCAGCGCUAUGAGGACGGCACUUCCUGGGAUCAAGAUCUGUGCACCACUUGCGUGUGUGCGCAUGGCAAAGCAGAGUGCUCACUGCGCCACGACCGGCCUCGCUGUCUGGGCUGUGCUGACGGCCGGAAGGAAGGCGAGAACUGGAGCCCCGAGCCGUGCUGGACCUGCCGCUGUGAGGAUGGCAAAGUGUCCUGCAAGAGAGAGGACUGCUCCCCUGCUCCAUGCCAGCACCCAGCAACCCCUCAGGGGAAGUGUUGCCCAGUGUGUGGAGGUUGCUUCUACAAAGGGCACCUCCUGAAGGAUGGGCAGAGAUACCUGGAGGAGCCAUGCAGGCAUUGCAUCUGCCAGGCAGGCAACGUCCGAUGCCAAGCACCCAGCUGCCCAGAGCUUUCGUGCCGGGAGCGAUACACGCCGCCCGGGGAGUGCUGCCCAGUUUGCCAUCCAGGUUGCGAGUACGAAGGACAGAGAUAUCAGGAGGGAGAUGUCUUUGCAGCCUCCUCAAACCCCUGCAUGAACUGCUCCUGCCUGAGGAGCCUGGUCCACUGCCACCCAGUCCACUGCCCUCCCAGCCGCUGUGCCAAGCCCAACCCUCAGCCUGGCCAAUGCUGCCCCGUUUGCUCAGCGUGUGAGCUGGACGGGCGAACGCUGCAGCCUGGGCAGAAGCUCACCUCUGCGGACGGAUGUCGAAGCUGCACCUGUUCUGAGGGGGCGCUGGUGUGCACCCCUGCCCAGCCAUGCCCCCCGCCUUGCACCCACGGACUACCCUCUGCCGCUGGCUCCUGCUGCCCGGACUGCACCCGCUGCCUUUUCCGCGGGCAGCUCAUUCCGAACGGUGGCGAGGUGGCGGGCAAGGACCCCUGCGAAUGCUGCGUCUGUCAGGAUGGGAACAUCGUCUGCUCCCAGGUCGCCUGCCCAAAGCUGGACUGUGCCAUCACAGAGGAGAUCCCUGGACAAUGUUGCCCCCUGUGCCAGGGUUGUCUGGACGGAGAAUCCCGGCGUGAGCACAAUGAAGAGUGGACCCCAUCCUCGGACCCCUGCCUGAAGUGCAAAUGCCUGGAAGGCCACGCCGUCUGCAAAAGGAGGCACUGCGCCAGUCUCUGCCGCCACCCAGCACCCCCUCGCCCCAGGACUUGCUGCCCCGUCUGUGAUGGUUGUCUGUGGGAAGGGAGAGAGUACCGCAGCGGAGAGGUGGUCCCGAGCGGAGAGCCUUGCAAGCGCUGCACCUGUGUGGCCGGGGAGGUUUCGUGCGAGCGAGCCGCGCCCAAGUGCCCUCCGCCGUCCUGCAGCCACCCGGGCAAACUCCCGGGACAGUGCUGCCCAACCUGCGAAGUGUGUGAGUUUGAAGGACGGCCCUUCCAGAACGGGGACACCUUUCGGCCUGCAGGGGGCAGCCCUUGCCUUCAGUGCACGUGCUCAGAUGGGCACGUCCGGUGCCAUGAGGAGCUGUGCCCCCCAGCGACUUGCUCCCACCCCGUCCAAGACCCAGGACACUGCUGCCCACUCUGCAAAGUGUGUGUCCUUGACAGUGUGGAGUUUGAAGACGGCACCGAGUGGGAACCGGAGGGCGAGCCCUGCACCAGCUGCAUCUGCCUCCAGGGGGAGCCGGUGUGCAGCCCCACUCCCUGCCCCCAACUUCCUUGCCAACAUCCAGCCCAGCUGCAAGGGUCCUGCUGCCCAGGGUGCCAUCAAUGCUCCUACAACCAGCGGCUCUACAGCAACGGGCAAGAGUUCGUUGACCCAGACCAUCCCUGCCAGAGCUGCCGGUGUCUGGAUGGCACCGUCCGCUGCUCCCCCACUCCUUGCACCCCACUGACUUGUCCACAUCCGGAGAGGAGGCCUGGAAUAUGCUGUCCAAAGUGCCCCGAUUGCACUCAGGACAACCGAGUGGUGCUGGACGGAGAGGAGCUGCCGAACCCGCUGAACCCCUGCCAGGCGUGCCUGUGCACCGCUGGAGAACUGCGCUGCAAGGAGCGUCAGUGCCCGGGAGCCCUGUGCGCUCACCCCUUGCCCGGAUCCUGCUGCCAGAACAACUGCAACGGUUGCAACUACGCCGGGAAGGAGUACCCCAACGGAGCUGAGUUCCCCCACCCCACGGACAAGUGCCGGCAGUGCCACUGCAUCAAUGGGAACGUCCAGUGCCUCUCGCGCCGUUGCCCGCCCCUUCUGUGCCCGGAACCGUUCCUGAUGCCUGGAGAAUGCUGCCCCCAGUGUCCAGCUCCCCCAGCCGGCUGCAUCUACCUCGGUGUCCCCUACCAGCACAUGGGGCGGUUCUACGACCCGUCGGACAAGUGCCGCGACUGCAUCUGCAACAAUGGGACCAUCACCUGCCAACGCCAGCCCUGCGCGCCCGCCCAGUGCUCCCACCCGCUGCAACUGGACUGCUGCCGCUCGUGCGACGGUUGCCUUUACCAGGCGAAAGAACUCCCCAACGGAGAACACUUCCCCGACCCCAAGGACCCCUGCAGAGUCUGCUCCUGCUGGGAGGGGAGCGUCACCUGCAAGGCCAAAUCCUGCCCGCCAUUGGAGUGCCCCUUCCCCGUCGCGGGACCUUGCUGCAAAGUCUGCGAAGGUUGCACGUACCUCUCUGAGGGCUACCUGAACGGCCAGGAGUUCCCGGACCCCCAGGACGCCUGCGGACUCUGCACCUGCAUGAAUGGAUUUGUCACCUGCGCCAAAAAGCCCUGCUACAAAGCGGGAUGCUCCCACCCCGUCCGGGGGCCUGGCCAGUGCUGCCCUGUCUGCCAUGGCUGUUCCUAUAACGGCGUCACAGUUAGCAACGGGCAGAGCUUUGCCGAUCCUGGGGACCCUCUCUGCUCCCAGUGUACCUGCAAGGCCGGCUCAGUUCAGUGCCUGAAAAAGCUCUGCCCGCCAGCCCCCUGUGCCUACCCUGUGCCCGGACCCUGCUCGUGCCCGUUGUGCCAAGGCUGCAGUUUCCAGGGCCGUGAAUAUGGGGAGGGAGACAGCUUCCCUGCCCCCAACAAGCCUUGUGAGGAAUGCCGCUGCCUGAGAGGCGACGUAUCCUGCAGACCCACGCUCUGCCCCACGGCCCGAUGCCCUCACCCAUCGCGCGACCCUUGCGGAUGCCCCACCUGCGACUCCUGCAGCUUCCACGGGCGAGACUGUCUGGACGGCGAGCGUUUUCCUGACCCCCGAGACCCCUGCAACCAGUGCCAGUGUUCGGCUGGCACCGUGACCUGCUUGCCUGCUCCGUGCCCAGCCGUCCCCUGCCAGAAUCCUGUCGUGCCACCCGGGCAGUGCUGUCCGAAGUGCACGGGUGCCUGCCGAUUCCAGGGGCGCCUCUACAAGAGCGGGGAGGCCUUCGUCUCACCGCAGAACGCCUGCCACACGUGCACUUGCCAGGCCGAAGUUGUGACCUGCCAGCCCAAGCCCUGCCCGCAGCAGUGCACCCACCCUCUGCCCCCUGAUGCUCCCGCCUGCUGCCCCACCUGCGACGGCUGCCUCCAUGAGGGCCAGAAACUUGCCAACCGGCAAGUCUUCACCCCGGCCUCGGACCCUUGCCGGCACUGCAGCUGCCUCCGCGGAAACGUCCUCUGCAGCCCGGUCUUUUGCCCCCAGGCGCCGUGCGCCAGUCCCGUCCGCAAGCCUGGGCAGUGCUGCCCACAAUGCCCAGUGUGCCAGCACGGAGGCCGCGAAUAUCCGGAAGGCUCCCAGUGGCUCUCGCCGUCGGAUCCAUGUCAGCAGUGCUCCUGCGUGGGUGGCGAAACCGUGUGCGAGUCUCUUUCCUGUGAAGUCCCCCUCUGCUCCCACCCGGCCCCUGGAAGUGGGCAGUGCUGCCCUCUCUGCCACGACUGCCUCUUCGAAGGGGAGCACCAUGCCCACGGAGAAGUCUUCAAGCCGGAGUCUUGCCUCCAGUGCAACUGCCAGGAGGGGAACGUCCGCUGCGAGAUGAUCCAGUGCCCCCUGACCACCUGCUCCCACCCCGUGACGGAGCCUGGGGUCUGCUGCCCCCGCUGCAAAGGUUGCGUGUAUGAGGGCCGCGAGCGAGAGGACGGGACCAGCUGGUUCUCAUCCUCACUGCCCUGCAGGGUGUGCAUGUGCGCGGAGGGCGUGGCCAGCUGCGCCGAGAUCGCCUGCAUCAGCUCCUGCGUCAACCAGAUCGAGGUGCCUGGGGAGUGCUGCCCGCUGUGCGCAGAUUGCACUUACGAGGGCCGGGCGUACGGGCCGGGCGAGAGUUUCCAGCCGGGACAAGACCCCUGCGAAAUCUGCACCUGUGAGCUGAUGUCCGACGGGGAACAACAUCUGCAGUGCUACCGCAAGCAGUGCCCCAGCCUCCUGGAUUGCCCCCGGGAACAGAUCCAGGCGCCGGGCGCCGGGCACUGCUGCCCAACCUGCGCACAGGCGCUUAGCAACUGCACUUCCAGCCUGGUGGGCAACGAGGUCCAAGCCACCGACGAGCCCUGCUACACCUGCCAGUGCAAGGACCUGACCUGGGUUUGUGUACACCAAGUCUGCCCGGCGCUGAGCUGCCCCACGGCGGAGCGUUUCACUCCGCACGGAGCCUGUUGCCCCAUCUGCGAUGAGUGUGUUAUUGAGGUCGAGGGGCGACGCGUGUCAGACGGGGAGACCUGGAAAGACAGUGCGGACAACUGUGUCUCCUGUUCGUGCAACCUGGGCCACGUGGAGUGCCACAUCCAGGAAUGCAUGCCCCUCGUGUGCCAAGAUGGACUGGCGAAGUUGCAAGUGCCCGGGGAGUGCUGCGCCAAGUGCCAAGACCCAGGCGCCACCUGCACCCACCAGGGCCAGACCUUCCAGUCCAAUGACCACUGGCAGGUGGAUGAGUGCACGGCCUGCACAUGUGUGUCUGGAGAGGUGCACUGCCGGAACGAGCGUUGCCCACCUGCUGCCUGCGCCGCUGAUGAGACGCCCACGCUGAUCCCUGGCAUGUGCUGCCCGCACUGCGUCCCUCGCCCCGCCACCUGCGUGGCUUUCGGCGACCCGCACUACCGCACUUUCGACGGCAAGAUGGUCCACUUUCAGGGCAGCUGCACCUACGUCCUGGCCCAGGACUGCGACGCGGGAGACUUCAGAAUCCACGUGACUAAUGAUGACCGUGGACGGACAGGCGUCUCCUGGACCAAGGAAGUGGCCGUGAUGAUUGGCGACACCACCGUCCAGCUGCUCCAGGACCGGGUUGUCAUGGUGGACUCCCAGACGGUGACCCUCCCGUUCCUGAAGGAGCCACACCUCUAUGUGGAGCUCAAGGCCAGCACCCUCCUCUUGAACACCAACAUUGGAGUCAAGGUUCUUUGGAACGGCCGCUCCCACCUGGAGGUCAGUGUCCCCGGCACAUACAAAGGCCACACCUGUGGCCUGUGUGGCAACUUCAACAACUACCCCCAAGACGACCUGCGCCUCCGUUCUGGCCACCUCACCUUGUCAGAGGCGGCUUUCGGCAACAGCUGGAAGGUGACCGGCGCCAACACCACUGGACCUGCCCGCUGCCCCGAUGCACCGGACGUGGACCCCUGCAAGGAGUCUGGCUACCGCUCCCGCAAAGAGGCCAAUGCCCGCUGCAAGGUCCUCAAGGCGCCUCCCUUUGAGCGCUGCCACCCUGCCGUCCCGCCAGAGCCCUUCUUCGCCUCCUGCGUCUACGAUCUCUGUGCCUGCGGCGCGGCCGCGGCGGAAGACUGCCUCUGCGAGGCCCUAGAGGCCUACGCCGCCCAGUGCCGACGGGCAGGGCUGGUGCUGCAUUGGCGAUCGCCCACGCUCUGCGCCGUGGGCUGCCCCCAAGACCGGGGCUACGUCUUUGACGAGUGCGGCCCCCCUUGCCCCAAGACGUGCUUCAACCACGCCGUCCCGCUGGGGGUCCUGGAGUCCCACUGCUUCAAGCCUUGCGUGCCAGGCUGCCAGUGCCCCGCCGGGCUGGUGGAACACGAAGCCCACUGCAUCCUGCCGGAGUCCUGCCCUCGCAUCAUCUACGGAACUCUCUGAGACAGGAUGGAGCUGGAUUAUUUCCAGGGAAGCCUCCGCCUUUGCCUCAUCUGGGGGAGCCUGGGACUGGGGUGGGGUGGGGCGGCUUCCCUGCCUGUUCCAGGGGGAGAGAGUUUGGCAAAGCAAGCUUCUCUCCCUUUGAAAGGCAGGGGUGCCUGGGCAGAACAUGCUCUCUGCGGUGAGAAUUCCAGCCUUCAUUUCGAAGCAUGGUUCUGGUCCUCACUGACUUCCUUCUGUGCCUUCUCCACUUCCUCGAAAAAAUCAAGCCGAAAACUUGAACCGUGGAGCCAGAAUAAAUUAUGUACAACCAAGAAAAA